AUCGAGCUUGUUUACAAUGUGAUGUGAUUAAUGGUGUUUAUUAGCAAAUAAUUAUAAUGAAGCUAAUUAAUUAAAUCGCUAUUUAAAUAGGUAUUUACAAUAUAUUUUGUUAUUUUAAAUAUAAGUACAAUGAGUGGAAAAAGCAAAAUUUAUUGCUGUGUGCCUCAGUGCAGGUCUGGAAAAAAAAAUGAUCAGUCUCUUACAUUUCAUCAAUUUCCUAAAGCAGGUAGAUAUAGGGUAGUUUUAGAACAUAAAAUUAGAAAAUAUGAACUUGUGGAUGCACGGAAAGCAUGGGAACAAAAAUUGAAAAUGGAGAAGCCGGCUUCAAAUUAUAUAAAAGUUUGUUCCCAGCAUUUUACAGAAGAUGAUUAUAUACCUAGAGAUGUCACACGUCAAAUAAAAAGAAAAACAUUAAAAAAAACUGCUGUACCUUCUUUGAAACUGCCAGAUGAUCAGGUUUUAAAAAAACCAAGGAUACUGAGGAAUAAUACUAAUGAAAAAUGUUCUGCCAAUCAAGAGUUAUUGAAAAAAACUACGUUUCAAAGAAUAACUGAUGUAUUGACCUCAACAUUAGAUGAUUUUAGCACAAUGACAAAUGAGGUUGAAGCCCGUUUUGAUAGAGAAAUUAUUGAAUCAAAUAAUGGUAAUCCUGAGAUUGUUCCAAACCAAAGUGAUCUUUGUAAUGAAAUAUGCUCAUUGGAAAAAGCUGUUAAAAAUGUGGAAGGGAUGGUAGUAGAGUCUUUGAUGAUAACAGAUAGUGAUUUAAAGAAAAAACUUACAUCAUUAAGAUUUGAAAAUUCGAGUUUAAAAAAGGAAAGAGCAAUGUUACAAGCUGAGAUAGCUCUCCUAGAAAAUCAAGACAUUACUUCUCAAAUACCGCAAACAAUUAUUUACAAUCCACGAAAUACUCCUACAAUUUUACUUGUUACAGAUGAUAGUUAAUGAGUUUUUAAAUUAUUUUUAUAUGAUAUAGAUAGUAGUUUAGCGUUAAGAUAUAAUAAUUAUUAAGGAUCUCAAAUUUUUACACACUUAAAACGAUUAAUAAAUAAUUUAUUUUAGUACGUAAUAAUUUUAUACUUCCGCU